AUGUCUCAAUUGAUUACUUUAGCUACGUGCAAUUUGAAUCAAUGGGCUUUGGAUUUUGAAGGUAACAGGGACCGUAUCUUGGAAUCCAUCCGCAUCGCCAAAAAGAGGGGGGCACGUUUGCGUGUCGGUCCAGAGCUGGAGAUCACAGGUUAUGGAUGUUUGGAUCAUUUCUUGGAAAAUGAUUUGUGUCUGCACUCCUGGGAAAUGUAUGUGCAAAUUAUCAAACGUCCCGAAACUUUUGGUAUUCUCUUAGAUAUUGGUAUGCCAGUUCUGCACAAGAACAUCAGAUACAAUUGUAGAUUGUUAUCUUUAGACGGUAAGAUACUAUUUAUCAGACCUAAAUUGUGGCUUGCUAAUGAUGGUAACUACCGAGAAAUGCGGUUUUUCACACCUUGGUUGAAACCAACAGUGGUUGAAGAUUUUGUUUUACCACCUGAGAUCCAAGAAGUUACCGGACAGAAAAUUGUCCCAUUUGGGGAUGCGGUGGUAAAUGCGCUGGAUACAUGUGUUGGUGCUGAAACCUGCGAAGAGCUUUUCACACCACAAUCUCCAAAUAUUGCAAUGUCAUUGGAUGGUGUUGAAAUCAUCACUAACUCUUCGGGUUCUCACCACGAAUUGCGUAAGCUAAAUAAAAGAAUGGACUUGAUUCUGAAUGCCACAAAACGGUGCGGUGGGGUUUACCUAUACGCUAACCAACGCGGCUGUGACGGUGAUAGAUUGUAUUACGAUGGCAGCGCCUUGAUUGCUGUCAAUGGCAAAGUCGUCGCUCAAGGUUCUCAGUUUUCCCUUAAAGAUGUGGAAGUAGUUACUGCUACUGUGGAUUUAGAAGAGGUCAGAAGCUACAGAGCAGCCAUCAUGUCACGUUGUUUGCAAGCGAGUACCACCGAUGUUAGGUAUCAGAGAAUCGACGUCCCAAUCGAACUUGCCGUAAAAAAGGAGCGGUUUGAUCCUACAAUUAUGCCAACCAAGUCAAAAGCUGUUGCAUAUCACACCCCUCAAGAAGAAAUUGCUUUAGGGCCAGCCUGCUGGUUGUGGGAUUAUAUCAGACGUUGUAACGGAACAGGUUACUUCCUCCCUCUAUCAGGCGGUAUUGACUCCUGUGCCACAGCUAUGAUCGUCUACUCCAUGUGUAACAUAGUUGUAAAUGAAGCACUUGAAGGAAAUGAACAAGUUUUGAAAGAUGUUCGUAGAAUUACCGGAAAUACUGACGAAUGGGUGCCACAGAAACCACAGGACAUAUCAUCCAAAAUUUUCCAUACCUGUUACAUGGGAACUGAAAAUUCCUCGAAGGAAACAAGAAAUAGAUCUAGUGAACUAUCAGAGAAAAUUGGCUCCUACCAUGUUAAUCUGAAUAUGGAUAGUCUGGUUUCCAGCGUCACAUCUCUGUUUGAAGUUGCAACAGGGAAAAAGCCCAUUUACAAAAUAUUCGGUGGAUCCCAAAUAGAAAACUUAGCGCUGCAAAACAUCCAAGCUCGGCUGAGAAUGGUGUUGGCAUAUUUGUUUGCUCAACUAUUACCUUGGGUACGUGGCAACAAAAACUUAGGUGGGCUACUUGUUCUUGGAAGUGCCAACGUCGACGAGUGUUUGAGAGGUUACCUGACCAAGUACGAUUGUUCUUCCGCAGAUAUUAAUCCAAUAGGAGGUAUCUCUAAAACUGACCUGAAAGGUUUCAUUGCGUACGCCUCUGAAAAAUUUGAAAUGCCAAUUUUGAACGACUUCUUAACUGCUACCCCCACAGCAGAGUUGGAACCCAUAACGGAAACAUAUGUUCAAUCCGAUGAAGCUGAUAUGGGUAUGACCUACGAGGAACUGAGUGUUUUUGGAUAUUUGAGAAAAGUUGAAAAAUGUGGCCCGUACUCUAUGUUCUUGAAAUUAUUACACCAGUGGACGCCUAAACUCACACCCUCCCAAGUAGCCGAGAAAGUCAAAAGAUUUUUUUUCUUUUACGCAAUUAAUAGACAUAAGCAAACUGUACUAACGCCAAGUUACCACGCAGAGCAAUAUUCUCCGGAUGAUAACAGAUUUGACUUGAGGCCUUUCUUGAUCAAUCCAAGGUUCCCAUGGGCUGGGAAGAAAAUUGACCAGGUUGUCGCUCAAUGUGAAGGAAAACCUGGUCCUGAAUUGGAUGUGCUAUCUGUUGACUGA